UACAUACUGACAAGCCACGGGAGUUUCGCGCGCCGUCUAGCCAGGUCAGUCUUAGCCGGAGACCCUCAGUUCGGGAAGACCCUGUCUCCCCGCCAGCGGCUUGCAAAGAAAAAAAGAAGAAAAAUAUUGUGGAACUCUUCGGAGCGACAGAAUGGCAGGGUCAGGAUGGACCUGUUACUCAGAAUCGAGCAAUCUUCUGAGGUCCCUCUCGUUCAGCGAUUCACCGACGCAGGGUUGCAAUCCAUUUUUUAUCGACUGGUGCUCUGUAUGCAUUCACACGUUGAAAGCGUCACGGAACUCAGCAAUUUCAAGGGAAACUAUUGUUGCAGGGUGGGCCAAUGAGGGCAGAGACCGGUACUUGUCUCAAGAUGGAUCUCACAGCAACAUAUCCAUUGGUACGAAUAGGAACCAUACACAGGAGCGGCGUCAUUUGAUCGUUCCAAGCCUAGAGAUAGAGGGUUUGAUACCAACUGACCAGAAUCGCAAGUUGCUUCUGACGACGUACGUAGGCUGCUUUGCUCGGUGUCAACGACGAACGGAGCACCCCAUUGACAAGCGAUUUGUCAUUUGGACGAGGCUCACAACGGCAGGCCUUGAAAUGGCUUGGAUAGUCAAAUAAGAGUCGAUGCUCUACGUACCCCAUGUGCACAUCCCAUCCUCUUCGUUGGCGAACAGCCCUUGUCCGUCCACUCGGUUGAGCCGAUCGUCGACGGCCAUGGCACAGACGUGCCAUCAGUCCUUGUCUACCUCGACGCAACUCCUCAUCAACGAGAGCCGUUGCGAGCAGAAAGUGUGGUGUCAAAUAAGCUCGCGAACAACGCAACGGUGUGACAGUUGGCCUGAAUAUCCAGAUCUUUUGGCAGUACUCG